CGUUGCUUGAGCAAGUCUCGUCAGACGACUACCCCAGCGUCGACGCUCAGUCUCCGUGCACCCGGGCAGGUCCAAACGCUGCUCUACGCUCCUUCAAUCGCCCACUUAGCCAUUCCUUAUCCACUCCCCACCACCUGAAACUCCGCGCACGCCCGACCCGUGCAAUUGCUGGCACCCUGCCCCUGCUUCUAAAGCCCUAGUACUUGUCGUGCCGUUCUUAUCUGUACAAGCUCCAGCUCGUCACCCACGACCGACGAUCUCACGCAGGCUGCAAAUGACCCAGACGCAGACCAUGACCGCCGUCGGGCACCCAGCGAGCGCAGACGCGGACAACGCCUCCGACGCCUCCCUCACCACGAUUGUCCAGGCCGUAUUCGCGGACACCGUACGGUCCUCAGGCUCGCUCGAGUCCAACGGCAGCGCCUCCACAUCCAGCACCGCCCCGAGCGUCCCCUCGCUCGACACCUCCCACAGCACCGUCUCCGAGUCCUCGACGACCUCCCUCGCCUCGAGCAAGGCCCCCAGCCCGUGCCCCAGCAUCCUCCGCUCCAGCUCCGCCCCCCCACAAGACUUCCCCACCUCAUCCGCGUCCUCCUCCCCUAACGUUACGUUCGCGCCCCUCCCGCAGACCGAGCAGCGCAAGCGGCACCCGUCCCACCAGCUCGGCGUCGCCGCGCGCUCGCGGCUCCUCCGGCACCGCCGUAUGCUCCGCGAAGGCCGCGUCGACCCCGACGACCCCUCCUACCACCAGUACGGCCCCGGCAGCGGCAUCGCGGGCGGCAAGGGCGCUGUCGACACCUACGGCCCCGAUGGCGAAAACGUGCAGUCCCCCUCGGAGGGGCAUGGGGAGAUGGGAGAAGGAGAGGAAGGGUACCCGCGCAGGCGCCGCUCGCGUGCCCCGAGCGAGCCUCAGGAGGAUCCGCUGGUGGCGCUCGGGAGGCUGAUGAAGGGCGCUACGAAGACGCUCUGGAGGAGCCUGUCCAUGCGGGAUAUGCGCGUGCAGGAGAAGGAAGAAGGGCAAGCGGGACCGGACGGCGCAGAGCGGCAGGAGGGACGGCCCGCGAGCAGGUCGCGGAGGGAGAAACGGUCGGCUCCGCCGAGGGUCGGUGCGGUACAUCUCUUCGAGGACGACGAAGGGCGGCAUGUAUCGGACGAGGGAGGGGUGUGGGAGGAAGAGGUCUCCGGGGAGUCGUUGAAGAAGCUGCUCUCAAACCACCCGCUGCCUGCAGCCGACGCUGCGCACGACGCAGAACCGCACCCCCGCUACUCCGCGGAGUCCACCGACAGCGUCCGCACCACCACGGUAACCGUCACCGCUACGGCCCAAUCCUCGACGGCGAAGGCCCGAUGAUACGCGUCGUGUGCGUUCGUCGACCUGGCUCUUAGUGCGGUCGUUCACACUGCACCUACCCAUCCCACUACAUUUCAGAUCGGGAGCGUACCCCCAUCGCUUUCGGCGCCGCCCUCGUCUUCACCUUCGCCUCUACCUUCGACUUCGAAUCGGGUUCUCGCCACCAUCACACUAAGUACAUACGCAUGCACGCCGCACACGCACUACGGGACGACCCACUGACGCACACACCCACGCUCGAAGAACACGCUGGGACGGAAUUCGCCAUCGGAUUGCACAUCGUAGGAUCACUUCCUUAACAUCCUUUUAAUAUAUGCAACGGGUUACCACCAGGCCGAAGGAGAUGUAGGGGUAGGGAGAAGGGUGCGUUCACAUCGGGCGUUAGGUGUACACUGAGGUUCUCAGUACGCUCGACAGUAUCCUAGCAUCAGCAUUAGCACUGCAUAAUCGUAGUUAAUACCCUUGUUUGUCCAGCAUCACUGUUGCACAGCGUCUGCAACCGGACGUAGAUGAGC